AAACAAAUGCUUGUCAAUCAAUGUCAUUGUCAUUAAUGUCAAACUGCGUUCAUGGCCUUGCCGUGGAAUCGACAUCAAUACAAAUAAGUUUAUGGUUGUUUUUUCUUAUGUUUUAUCAAAAGUUUAUAUUAUAUCAAUAUGGGUGAAAAAGACGCCCCCGUAUUACAUGUACUAGUAAUUGGUUUUCAUCAUAAAAGAGGUUGUCAGGUGGAAUACUCCUUUCCUGAGCUAGUUCCCGGUCAUCCGAAUGAAUGUCCGCCUGGUUGGAAAUAUUUACCAACAUUGGCUUUACCAGAUGGGUCUCAUAAUUAUGACGAAGACACAGUAUUUUUUCAUUUACCGAGUUUAACCAAACCUAUGCAAACUAUUUAUGGUAUCUCCUGUUUCAGACAGAUACCAGUUGAAAAAAUAAAGAAUAAAACUUCAGAUAUUACCAGAGGAACAGUUCAAAAAUCAGUCUGUGUACUGAGCAGGGUACCACUUUAUGGACAGAUACAGGUUAAAAUAUGUUUAAUUACACAUGCUUAUUUUGAUGAAGGAGAUUUUAGUCAAGUUUCUAUAUUAAAAGAUACUUACUAUCACCUUAAUGCUGUUAUGACACAAAGUGAUUCCUUACAGCAACCUUUUGUUGGUUUAUCCGCAAGAGAUUUUGUCUUACAAUGGAAGCAUAAAGCAGUUUUACUUUUCAAAUUGAUGCUUUUAGAGAAGAGGGUAAUUUUUUAUAAAUCACCAGUGCAUCCCCUAUGUUCUACAAUUUUAACACUCAUUUCACUAUUUCCAGAAAUGAUAGAAAGUGGAUUGAAUAAUUCUGCAUGUAUCAGGUUAUCUAGACCCAUGUCUCCAAUGCCAGAAUAUUCAGAUGAAGAUUCCAGUCCUGUAAAAAUCAACAAUGUAAUAAAUAUUCCUUGUUUAAUCGGUACAAAUAUUAGUCUUAAGGAAGAAGUUAACACUAAUUUACAAAUGGAAAUUGCCAAAGAAUCAAAAAUAGUACAAGAACAAGAUAACGGAGACAAUCAAGAAACCAAUUCUGUAAAAGAAAAUGGAAAUUCCGUAGAAAAUGGCUUAAGAAAUGAUAAUCAAAGUGAAGUUGGAUUGGAACUUACAGAAUCCUUAAGUCAGGUAAAGGUUUGUCUGGGCACUGAAAAUGAAACUCUAAAUGGAUUUGAAAAACCCAGUCUUCAUAGAGAUAUUAGUUUAGAUACAAUUUCCGAUGUAGCUCAUAAUAAUCUGACUUACCUCACACAGCUCAGUACGGAAAGUUGUGGAUUUCCAUUAGCAAUAUUUACCAAAGGAUCCUUAUGCCUGCCAUACCUGUCUUUGCCAUAUUUGGACUUACUGACAGACGUCAAUGUAAGGAGUUAUGUAGUAGGGGCAACAAAUGUUCUUUUCAAACAAAAACGCCAACUUUACGAUAUAUUAGUAGACAUUGAUGGAAAUAGGAUAGAAUGUCAAGAUAUGAAUUUAAGGAAGUACUUACAUUUAACCACAGAAGAUCUGAGAUUUGCAGACUACAUAGUUAAACGUGUGUCUGAAGAAAAGCAUGACGUUUUUCUCGAUGGAGUAGGAUGGGAAGGGGGCGAUGAAUGGAUUAGAACACAAUUUAGAAUUUACUUAUUGUGUUUGCUAAGAACUUCAAUGUUACAAGAUGGCUCUAGGGAGAUUGACCAUUAUAAUUCAAGUUUUGUAAGUGCUUGGAGAGACACGCAUAACUACAAAAUUUGGUUGAGUGGAGUAAAUCCAGGUAUUUUGGAUGUACAUCCUGCUCAUCCUUUUGCUGGUCAGCUUUCUGUGGCCGACAUGAAGCUGCGUUUUGCUCAUACCAUGCAGAACACAGAAAGCGGAAGAAAGCUAAAUCAAGCAAUGGCAUCUACCGGUAAGGCUGUUGUUACAACAAGUAAAGCUGUAGGAGGCGCUCUUUCUCAAGCAAAAGGAGCCCUAUCGUCUUGGUGGAACAACUUUAUGGUUAACCCAGAACAAGGGCAAAAAGUCUCUGAGGCCCAGGAUACAGAAACACACACAAAUAAUUUGACUGAUAGUUUAACGAACAUUCCUUCAAGUAUUAAUAGUGAUAAGGAAAAUAAUGAAAUUGAACCAGUUAGUAAUGGCGAUUUAGUUACAAUGGAACAAAAUAACUCAUUAAAUGGUGGUGAUAAGCACAAUCCGGGAGAAGUACAUACUGUAUAAUUUUUCGUAUGACAAUAUGGAAUUGAAUCAUUAUAGAACAAAAUUAUUUAUUAUUUAGUUUAGUAUUAAAUUAGAAUUAACGAAAAACCGAUUCAGAUUUAUGAAUAGCUAAGUUAUUAUUUACUUAUUUUAAUAUAAUAUAAUGAUGUGAUGAAAAAAAACUAUUUUAAUUUAGUUCUCUCAAAAUAUUCGUUAGUUCUAUAUUUAAAAAUGCCGCUGCUAAUUUUUAAGAUAAAAUAUUUAAUUUCACUACUCGGGAUAAUUUUCAAAAAAUUGUGUAUUCGAAAAAAAUUCCCGUAAUCUAAGCUUUAGGGAGUUUACUGGUGAAAAUAACAUUGGUUAUUUAUAUAACCUAUGGUUAACUUUAACCAAAUUUUUACAGUAUGGACUGUAAUAACUGUUAUAAUAAGAUUGUAUGUUGUUUGAGUUGCGUUUUUAUUGUUCAGAGAGAUUACAACUCACACUAUAAUAAUUUCCUAUACUUUUAUUUGAUUAAUAAUCGAUAAUCAUACAUCAUGUACUUAACUAAUAGCUGAUAAUUAUACUUGGUAAAUAUGGAUGGUAUUAUGCAACAAAGAAUAAAUCAACAUUUUUUAGACAAGUUACCUCAUUCCAAUGACCACAAGAGUUAUGCCAUUUUUGUUAACUCUUAUUUCUUACAUAAAAUAGAAGAGGGAGAUUUACCUAACUUGAAGCCACUUCAUAUCCUACACUUCCUUGAGAAAAUAGGAUUGGAAGGGUCGCUAUAGGCAUUGAGACAUUUCCUUAGUGCAGUGGCGACAGAAGGG